UUAAUUUCCCCUCCCAACGCAUCUUCAUCUUUUUCUUUCUCUCUCCAGCCGGCCGUCCGACGAUUUCCCCUCCCAACGCAUCUUCAUCUUUCUCUUUCUCUUUCUCUCUCUCCAGCCGGCCGUCCGACGUUCUUCACCGGCGACUGAGACGGAACUAGAUCCGACCGAACGAAGCCAGCUGUCCGACGUUCUUCACCGGCGCCAUCUCCACCGGCGACUGAGACGGAACUAGAUCCAACGGAACAAAGCCAGCUGUCCGACGUUCUUCACCGGCGACUGAGACGGAACUAAAUCCAACGGAACAAAGGCCACAUUCUGUUCUCUUAAAUGGAGUUUUCAAGCUCACGCUUGGAGAAUGAGGACGAAGUUGAAUAUCUAUGUACACAUAUUCCAAAUGACAACGAUUCAAUCGACGAAGAUGGACCUGAAUUUGAGUUGGAUGAUAAGGAGGAUAAUGAGCCACAAUACAAGAUGAUAGAUUUGAAUGAUAAAGUUGAAGAACCUAAAGAAUUAAUGAUGUUUGAUUCGUUGGAAGAAGUGGAAGAAUAUUAUAGGAAGUAUGGUCAGCAAGUUGGUUUUGGUGUGGUAAAAAGAACUGGAAAAAAGGGGAAAGAUGGAAGUCGUAGGUACAUAACCCUUGCAUGUAUUCGCCAAGGCAAACCAAAUAAAGGCAAAGAUGAUUGUACAAAGGCAGUUCCAAAAAUAAUUAGAACGCAGUGUAAAGCCAGGAUUUGUGCGACAUUGAGUGCUGAUGGAAAGUGGUUUUUGAGUAAUGUUGUGGUGGAGCAUAAUCAUUGUUUAAGCCCAGAAAAAACAAGGUUUUUUAGAUGUUAUAAGAAUAUAGAUGCUGCGGUGAAAAGAAGGCUUGAGUUAAAUGAUAGAGCCGGAAUACGUACGAAUAAGAAUUUUAAUUCUUUAGUAGUUGAAAAAGGGGGGUAUGAGCAGCUUACUUUUGGAGAAAAAGAUUGUAGGAAUUAUAUUGAAAAGGCAAGAGAGCUUCGUCUUGGCAAAGGAGGUGCUCAGGCACUUCGUGAUUAUUUCAGUAGAAUGCAAAAGCAGAAUGAUGGGUUCUAUUAUGUGAUGGAUGUCGAUGAUGAUUGUAGGUUGCGUAAUGUGUUUUGGGCUGACGCACGAAGUAGGGCAGCGUAUGAAUUCUUUGGGGAUGUCAUUACGUUUGAUACGACAUACUUGACCAAUAGAUAUGACAUGCCAUUUGCUCCGUUUGUAGGUGUGAAUCAUCAUGGUCAGUCAAUACUAUUGGGGGCAGGACUAAUAUCAAAUGAGAAUACUGAAACAUUUGUUUGGUUGUUUAGCACUUGGUUAGAGUGCAUGAAUGGCAAAGCUCCAAGUGCAAUUAUAACAGAUCAAGAUAGGGCAAUGAAAAAUGCAAUUGCUAUAGUUUUCGCAGAGAAAACUCGACAUAGAUAUUGUUUGUGGCACAUUAUGAGAAAACUGCCAGAAAAGUUUGCAGCACAUGCUCAAUUCAAUGGCAUCAAGAGUGCCCUUAAUGUUUGUUUGUAUGAUUCUCAAAGUUGUGAUGAAUUCGAAGAAAAUUGGAAAAAUCUACUUGAGACUUAUGAACUUCAGGACAAUGCAUGGCUGAAUGGGUUAUAUAAUGAGCGGACUUUUUGGGUGCCCACAUAUAUGAAAGAUACAUUUUGGGCUGGAAUGAAUACUACACAGCGUAGUGAAAGUAUGAAUGCGUUUUUUGAUGGUUAUGUGCACUCACAGACCACACUGAAGGAAUUUGUUGAUCAAUUUGAUAAUGCUUUGAGGAAAAUGGUUGAGAAAGAGAAAAAAGCUGAUUUCGAUUCUUGGAACCGCAUGAUUCCAUGUUUAACCCCCUAUCCUUUAGAGGAGAAAUUUCAAGAUGUAUACACCAAUGCAAAGUUCAAAGAAGUUCAGGGGGAGUUUAUGAAAGUUGUGGGUUGUAAUAACUCUUGUCUUACAAAUGAAGGUGCAAUUUCUACCUAUCAGGUGAUUGAAAGUUUUGUCAUUAAUAGAAACAUGAAAGACGUAUCACAUUGUGUGUAUUACAAUGAAGAAGAUGAAGAAGAGGUAGAAGUGAAGUGUACUUGUGCAUUGUUUGAAACAAGAGGUAUCUUGUGUAGGCAUGCUAUUUCUGUGCUAUUGUCAAAAAAGGUUUUGACGUUGUCACCAAGAUUCUUUCUUACGAGAUGGAGGAAGGAUCUAAAGCGUCUAUACACAUUGUUGAAGAGUAGUUAUGACAAUUUUGGUGGUAAUUCUGAUGACGAAAGAUAUGACAGCUUGUCCAAGAAUUUAAAUGAAUUAGCAUCGCUCGGAAAAAGCAAGCACAUUUACACUACGGUGAUGAAAGGAGUUGAUGUUUUAAAAGAGGAAUGCCGUAAAUUAAGUCGUAUUUCAGUCGCAUCUUCUAGUUGUAAUGAGGUUGUUCAAAGUUGUGAUGAAGCUUCGACAUUGCAAAGUACUAAUUUGCUUAGUCCGGUUAAAGUUAAACGUAAAGGGAGACCACCGAUUAGAAGAAUGAUGCCAAUAGUUGAACAAGUGACGAAGAAGAAGUUACAAGUAACAAAUGAGCCAUCAAGCGACAACAAUGCCAAAACAAGUAGAAGCAAAAAACAGACUUCAAAGGCAAAGCAACAUCAAGCGAAUAAAAGUCAAACUCCACUGCCUUCAGUAAUUGAUGAUCAACACAAUCAUUUAGUUCGUACUCAGGUUGGGGUGUCCGUUGAUCCAACAAUGGAAUUAUCAAGAUUGGUAUGUGAGCACAAUUUUGAACGGGCUUUCCACAUAGCCCUUUCAAGAUGUGAUUUGUCCAUUGUGUCUUGGUUAUGUUCACAGGUUGAUAUAGGAUGGAUAUUGUCUGUAGUUCCUCUCCCUCUAAGCCAAGGAGUACUGCUCAACCUUCUGUGGCAUUUAGCUUGUGAUAUCAAUAACAACCCAUCCCAAAAACUUUCUUGGAUGACUGUCGUGGCCAAAGCAAUAAUUCCAACAGACCCAGCAAUUGCAGUGCAUGUGCAACCCAUCUUAUUUCAAGUCUAUAACAUUCUCAACCAUCAAAGUACCUUGCUCACACAAGCUGGUGUUGAGCUAACAAAUAUUCAUUUUUUGAUCAAUGUCAUCAAUUCCAUGAUCAUGACCUUUAAAUAGUUUUAAAUUUAUUAUAUUUGUACUUCUAUCAUGGUUAUGUAAUUUUGUGAUUGUUUAGGUUAUUGUAGAAAUGAAAAAUGUAAUGCUACUCAUGGUUGUACAGGGUAAUAUCAAGGAAUAUUUUUUUUUUUUUUUUUGUUUCUAAUGUGCUAUGUAUUCUGUAUUUCCCUGAGAACGUAGUUACCGAGUCCUGAAUCUAUGGUUUCUUACGAGUGGUCAUGGUUUUUGUAUUGCUGGGUGUCAGCACCUGGUGUUUUUAGCCUAGCCAUCUUGCAUGUAUGUGCUAGGGCUAUUCUCUCUCCCCUUCCCAGUUGUGAGUCUGUCCAUUGUCUUUUACCGAGUCUUUCACGUUUUUGAACUUGUGUUCUGCACGUGAUGGUUGGGUCUCUCUGUUUUCCUCAAAGGGCAGGUUAUGUUCCUGGAUCCAGUUUAUUGUGAUGGUUGGCUGUGGCAGUUUGAAAUUUUUGGUGCCUUGUGGUUUCUGGGGCUUUGGCCGUGGCAGUAGGUUUAUAUACAAAUUCUGCCAUGACAACCUCUUCCUCACGGAGGGUUGUUUUUUUUGUUUCACCAAGCCCUAGUUUUUCAGGCUUCCUUUGUUUGCAAACUGUGCUAUGCAACCUCCUCCUUAUGAUGUAAUGAAAAUUGUUAUCUGCCCUUUGUGAUGUAUUAUGCUUUUCACCCUAUUGGGGGAUGAUAAAUAAAAAAUUUCUGUCUUUGUAUUUA